AUAAGUCUCCGCUUGGAUAUCACAUCUCCACUCCACCGCAAGCGAUGGUAUUCACCAGACUCUCCUCACAAGAGAAAGAUGCCUUCUUUGGGCUUCUAGACGAGUACUUCCAGUCCCGCCCCGAGAUCCUCGCCCACGUUAACACAAGCACCGGCAACGCCCAAGACCCAUCCGCAGCCGCUGCAUCAGCCGUUCACCGCGCUCUCGCCAGCAACCCAGAAGUCACCUCCAAGAUCGUCUCCGCCGGGGUGACGCACGGACUUGCGAGGUCCAAUAACCCAUAUGCAUCCACGAUAGCCAGUAAUCCACAAGUGAGCAAUUCCGUAGGAAGAGUAGCAGCAGCUUCGCUCGCGUUCAGCAGCUCAAGUAAUGCCUUCUCGUCUUCGAACGCUUCAAGAACUCUAGCUCCUUCCCUCCCUUCCCGCAGCUCCAGCGCACACAGCGCAUCCUCAUCAGGGUCUGAGAUCGAUAAACUGAUCACGAAAAAGUCGAGCGUCUUGGGCGCAUUCAAGAAAGCACCCACAGCGAACGUAGUUAUACCCCCUGCAUUCCAACCGCCCAAGAUGUCAUAUGGCCCGCCUCCUACUCGGCGCACGACGUCAGAAACGAGCGCUCCUGAGCCUUCCGCUGCUAGGUCCCCACCACCCGUCCUCCCACGACGUGCAGUCGAACCUGAACCUGAGGAACCACAAGGGGAGUGGGCAGAGGUCUUGUAUGACUACAGUAGCGAGGAUCCUGGCGAUCUGGAAGUCCAAACUGGCUCUCGUGUAUUUGUCACUGCGAAAUCUUCUGAUGACUGGUGGACGGGUCAGAUAGAGGGCCAAGGAAAGGAAGGAUUAUUCCCUGCCUCAUACGUGAAACUGUUGUGAUAUCCAUUUGACGUCGAUGCAUACCACUAUCGUUCCAAAUGUAAUGCGGCAAGUAGACCUACCUUGACAGGUCUAUCGGUCCUGAAGAAUUUGUGGGACAGCACAAGACAGCAUGCCAUCACUAGUCGAGCAGGCAUCCCACAGCGAUCAGGUAGCUAUUUCUUAUCCAGUCAUCACAGAUGGGCUUGAAAUCAUAGUAUAUAUUUAUGUAUGCAUCCAUUGAAGUACAAGUAAUCGACGAGCGGCAUGGUUUUCUGACGGAUACAGAACGAGAGUAGGAAUAGAACUACAGUGGUGUCCGACGUC